CACAUAAUCACUCCGAGUUGCUGGGCAACUUCUCCAUCCUGCCGGGAAAACUGCGUGAUAAACAAGCAUUAACCCUGGCUUUGCCACGGGAGGAAAAUGCACGUCGAUCUGCAAAGUAGCAUUCUGGCUACUCCCUUUGCACAUUCUAGCGUGAAGAGGUGCAUAAAUGAAGCUUGAUCGCACAUUUAGGGAAAGAUCGUAAGGCUAUCAAACAGGCAAAUUCAAUGGAUUGCAAUUGGAGGCUCCAUUGGCACGGCCUUAUUUGUUUCUAUUGCUUGGGGCUUAGUCGAAGGAGGUCCAGGAAGUCUAUUCAUUUCAUUUACACUAUACAGCUGCAUGAUGGCCCUUGUCAACAGCACCAUGGCAGAAAUGGCGGUUUUCAUGCCAGUUUCUGGUGGUUUUGUUCGCCAAGCAGCUCACUGGGUCGAUGAAGCAUAUGGAUUCACAGUGGGAUGGAAUUUCUAUCUUUACGAAGCUAUUCUAAUUCCUUUCGAAAUUUCUGCUCUCAACAUUGUUUUGACAUAUUGGUCCGACAAUAUUCCCUCGUAUGCAAUUGUUAUUGCUUGUAUAGUACUUUACGGUAUAAUUAACGCAUUUGCUGUUCGUUGGUAUGGAGAGGCAGAAUUUUGGCUGGCCUCUGGAAAGGUUAUCCUCAUAUUCAUGUUAUUCGCGUUCACCUUCAUCACCAUGGUUGGUGGAAAUCCAAAAGGUGAUGCGUACGGCUUUCGAUAUUGGCGUGAUCCUGGCAGUUUCGCUACCUAUGUCACUAAUGGAACCCUCGGUCGCUUCGAGGGAUUUCUCGGCGCUUUCUAUCAGGCAUCCUUUACUAUUGUUGGCCCAGAAUAUGUUUCAAUGGUUGCAGGAGAGGCUAUCUAUCCUCGGAAGACAAUCAAACAAGCAUUUAAAACAAUGUAUUGGAGAUUUGGUAUCUUUUUCAUUCUUGGCGCCCUUUGCGUUGGCAUUGUGCUACCUUAUAAUGACCCCAGGUUAAAUGAACUUCUUGGAAACGGAAAUACAGGCACGGCAUCAGCCUCGCCGUACGUCAUUGCAAUUCAAAAUCUGGGAAUCACGGUUCUACCUGAUAUCACAAACGCACUUAUGGUAACCAGCAUCUUCUCUGCAGGUAACUCAUAUGUUUAUUGCGCCUCGCGUACAUUAUAUGGUCUCGCUUUGGAUGGACAUGCACCGAAGUUUUUCCGAAAGACUACCAGGAGUGGUAUUCCUAUAUACUGCUUCAUCUUUACGAUGGUUUUUCCAUGCCUCGCGCUAUUAUCUGUUAAUAACGGCGCCAGCCAGGGACUUAAAUGGCUCGCAAAUCUUACGCAGGCAAGCCAGGUCCUGGAUUAUUGUUUCAUGUGCAUCACAUACUUGUUUUUCUGGAGAGCUCUGAAAGCGCAGGGAAUUGACCGAAAUACUUUACCAUACAAAGGAUGGGGCCAGCCCUACGUUGCAAUUCUCGGACUGACAUUUAUGAUUCUCACUGUGGCCACUUAUGGAUAUACAGUAUUUUUACCUGGAUGGUGGAAUGUUGGAACUUUCUUUACCUACUAUACGAUGGUGUUCGUUUGCGCAGUUCUUUUCCCAUUCUGGAAAAUACUUAAGAGAACAAAAUUUAUAAAGGCCGAAGACAUGGAUCUUGUGUGGGAGGGACCGGCGAUAUCUGAGUACGAGGCAAGCAUUGAUCCGCCACUAGGCUUGUGGGAAGAUCUGGGGCAAUAUCUUGGGAUCCGGAUUAAAAAGAAAGCAGGAACCGAGCAGAGUGCUUAAUUAAAUUCAGAGUCGAAGAUAGAAGAUAAUUCCAGAAUAGAUAGGAAGAUCAGCAGCAGCUGCAC